ACUUUGUUGAUAGUUGUUUUGAGGAGGCCUAGUUCAUUUCUCUUUAAUCGCCUGUUUGGCCGUAAGGUCAACAGGCACGAAAGUCUUUAUACAGACAUAAAAUGGCACUCAAUUCAUCUGUCAAGAAGUAUAUAUCAAUUUCAGAACUACACCCCAACACUGUACAAGCGAGAGUAAUUGGGGUGGUGAUUGCUAAAACGGAUGCUAGAGGAUUCCCAGAUAGGAGAAAUUUUGGCAGUGAGAGGUUUACCUUCGGAUUCACGAUAAGGGACUCACCCGACUAUUUCAUCAACGUGUCAACAUGGGGCAGUGAGGACUACAUCAAUGGCCUGAGUGCCAGCUUCAGAACUGGAGAUUGCAUUGUUAUUGAAAAUCCACUAAUUACACAAAAGGAUUCUGAAAAAGAGGAGCGAUACUGUCCAGCAACUCCAAGUUUGUUCAGAUUGAUGCUGACAGAGGCUUACACAGUGGUAAGACUGUGUGCAGAUGUGGAGGAGGAAAACCGCCUCCUUCCCCUCCUCCACUUGCCCAUCAAGGACCCAAGGGACUUCUACACCUUGGGUGACAUCAACGUCAAUGGUCAAAACCUAGACGGCAGUGUGAUCAACAUUCUUGCUGCUGUCAAAUCGUUUGGGGAACAAAAGUCUUUCACCACUUCAGAUGGGCGGAAAGGACAGCGCUUGGAAAUAAAGCUUUUCGACGAUACUGUGACCUCCUUUCCUCUCGUGUGCUGGGACCGUGAGGCUAUUCAACUCAUGCAGUCAUUGACACCGAAAGAGACAGUGUUGUUCAUCUCUGACGCCCGCUUGAAAUUCGACAGCUUUCGUAACAUGAUGUCCGCCACUGUCAACUCAAAGACGAUUAUCACAAUCAAUCCGGAUACCCCGGAGGCCAACCAGCUUUAUAAUGUUGCUAAGGAGCUUGCAGAAUCAGGAGCCCUGGGUGACACAGACAACCCAUCAGCAGAUAACAUACCAUUGGAGUCCAUCACUGAUGUGCUGACUGUGAGCCAGGCGAAGAGCAGAACCCAGGAGAGUUUCGAUCCUUUCUAUGCCAUCACCUUUGCUUUUAUCUCCGCUCUUCCCUUGGACACCCCCUCCAAAGUCAUCAGGCACAGAUGCUCCAGGUGUAGGUUCUCAGUGUUCGGGGAUGUGAUGGAGUGCAGCAGCCUCACCUGUGCUGGCCAGGGUCAGGAGCUGGAGACUGUGUCCGGCUUCGACCUGCUCAUGGACAUCAGCGACCACACAGGCACACUGCCAUCCUGCUGGCUCUCCGGCACAGUGGCUGAGAAAAUGAUUGGCUGCAGUGCAGAGGAAUACGUGAAUCUUUCCGAGGCGGAACAGACAGGCCUGAAAUGGAGGUUCCUUCUGGAAAGAUGCAAGAUUUACAUAAAGGUUCUGCCAGCACCCAAAGUCAAGAGUGGUUGGAAAGUCAGCAUCCUGUCCUGUACACUGGCUGAUUCAGUGGAAGUGCAGCAAAGCUUAGAGACUGAGCCUUAGAUUCUUACUCUAUUACGCUAUUGCAGAUGACUUCUUCCACUGUUCUGUUUUAUAUCUUUUUCUUAAUUUAUGUAUUUUAAACAUUAUAAAUAGCUGUUAUUAUAUUGAUUUAUGUAUUGUUGAUUGCUGAUUGUUGAUUAUUGUUGGUAGUCAUGUUAUUAUGUUAGUCAUGUUAUAGUCAUGUUAUUAUGAUAAAAUUGCUGUUGAUAUAAACUAUUGUUAUGUACCAUGUCUUUAUUUAUUCAGUUCUCAUCUCACUUAUUUUAUCAGUUAUAUUAUACUUAACCAUCUGUUAGAAAUGAUCCUCCAAUCAAAGUACUUACAUGUGACAAAACAUUAAAAAAAAAUGAUAAAAAGCACAGAAAAGAGAUAAUGGAUCAAG